AUGGAAUUCGAGCAAAUGCAUCACUUUUUGGAUGAACAGGAGAAGCUUCUGCUGGCUCAGCUGAAGGAGAUGGAGAGGGAGAUUGUCAAGCAUCAGAAAAUAUAUGACACGAAGGUUUCUGAUGAAAUUGUUGCUCUUACUAUCCUGAUUGAUGAAAUAGAAGAGAAGCUGGAGCAGCCAGACAGUGAAUUCCUUCAGGAUAUCAGAAGCACAUUGUGCAGGUUUGAUAAGGAUUCUUUCCAAGUCCCUGAGGGGAUGCCAGUGAAGAUGGAAAAGAGACUAGAAGAGUUCUCAGAGAAAAAUACGGUGCUUGCAGAAAUGCUGAAGAAUCUCAAAGACGCUCUGCCCUCAGAACUAGGAACUGAAUGGGUUAACAUAACCCUUGACAAAGACACGGCAAACCCUCAAGUCAUAAUUUCUGAGGAUCGAAAAAGUGCAAGAUGGGAUGUCACUCGGACUGAUGUGCCACAUAAUCCUAAGCGAUUCAAGUCCUCUUGCUGUGUGCUGGGUUGUGAAGGAUUCACAUCUGGGAGACACUAUUGGGAAGUCAAUGUGGAAGAUGGAGGCAUCUGGGCGAUAGGAGUAGCCAGGGGUUCUGUGAGGAGGAAGAUAGAACUUAAACUCACCCCAGAGGAAGGGAUUUGGGCCUUGCAAGGGGAUUUUGGCCAAUACCAGGCUCUCACCUCACCUGUAACUGCCCUGCCGCUCCUCUGUACUCCCAGGAGAAUCAGAGUGUUUCUGGACUAUGAAAGGGGACAAGUGGAAUUCUUCAAUGCCGACACAAAAGAUUCCAUAUUCCUUUUUCCCUCAGCAUUGUUUGCUGGUGAGAGGAUUUUCCCCUUUUUUAAGGUGUUGCUUGCUCAGCUGACCCUGGAUGGCUGAAGAGCUUUCUUUGAGGAAGCUGCACCUGCACUAUAUCAAGUCUGAACUCAAGAGGAGUUUAAAAGAAGAAUUAUGCAUGUUGAAUUGAGUUCCGGUCUGCAUUAAUAGCUGUAAGUACUAAAAAGUGGAAGUGGUUCUCCAGAUGUAGUUAGUAUAGGUCAGUGAGAUGAUGUAUUGUGUAUAUGACACCGAAUUUGGGUGAUGUCUGCAUUGUAAUCUAGGAAGUGGAUUAGAAUAACUGGUUUUAAUUAUAUGGUAGCCUGUAAAGUUGUGUAGUCUUGUCCCGUCAUGAGUUCCUUAUCUGUUGUAAAAGGUCUUUAUCAUUUUGUCAAAGAUAACAUAAGCAUUAUCUGAUGUCUUUGGACCCAACGGACUGAAAAACAAGGUGAAAAUAAUAAAGGGAGUCAAAUCAAGUGGAAUAUGUGCUUUAUGUAAGGCUUUGACAUACUUGAUUUUGUCUGAUUCUAAUGAUAGAAACAUGUUUAUUCUUAUUAUAUAUAAUUUUUUUAUUUUUUAUUUU